AUGUCGUCCGACACUGACUCGAUUUGGGAUGGAGAUUCCAGAUUGGAUACCGCAGGUUCUAACGCAGGUCCUGAAAACAUGGGGUCGCAUGAUUGUGAAAUUAAAUUUAUAGACCAGUUGGACGAUCCAGAGGGUUGGGAGAUUGGUGUUGGCCUUGGAGAGGAGCUGGGGUCAUUGUGGAGGGGCAGUGUCGGGCAUCGCGAGUCCUUCGAAGUUGCAGCACGCGACGGGGUUGAUCUUAGUAAUCCUUACCCUGUGGAUCUACUGUCCGACACCCCUAUUGAGGAUGACCCCACUUCUUUCGGUCUUAUAAUAGCGCAGACUGGAAGUACAUUGCCUUAUGCGGACACCCACGCCACUCCCCACUACCCUUAUCGGAAUCAAAAACCGGACGCUAAGUCUCACAACCUUGGUAAACUUGCCAACUGGUUCAAUAUUGGAGCAAUCAACUCGACCGAUACACAGUCACCAAACUUCAAUCCCACACCUUUUGUCAUGUCUUCCAGGCCCCAUACCAAACGGGGUUUGCUUGACCCUUUGAUAUCCUCAGUCUCAAAGCGUCCGCGAUCGCGUGCUACAACCCCAGAGCCCGCUUCAGGUACCAACAAUGCGACUCAAGCCUCAAAUGUCUCAGACGAAGCACGUCAAAUGCAACCCACGACUACUAACCCUUGCGAGAUGUCGGCCACACCUCCGCCUGCGGGCACGGAUAGCACAAUCAGAGCUCUGAGUCUACCCCCUCAUGAUGAACCUGCAUCUGCAGGGGAGCAUAGAGCGACAACGACUGACCAGAAUCCAACGGGCGAACCGCUGCUCAAGCGCGUUGGCACGGCGCUUAAGGCCUUUCGUCACGGUGCGGGUGCGUUCCCACCGCUCCAGGCCACUAUCGACGAUGUGAUAUCCUGCUUCGAGACACUCAAGAUAGAGCCAGAGUAUCAGCGAGAGUACGACGCACUCCUACUCGAGCUUGAGUCGCUGAGUGAGACUCUCGUCCAUCACCUACAAAAACCGAGCUCUGCGCAUAUAUCGAUUGAGAAGCAAACCGAUGUGAUCAAGAAGAGACGUGAUCAGCCCCCGGAACGCAAGCUGGCAAAAGCCGCACAAGAUCAGCAUGAGGUCCUGAGUGCGUAUCGGGGAAUCGAGAGAGCGUUUCGACAACUGCAAACCGACGCAGGGUUGAGUGUGUGGAGCAUCGUGGAAAAACAGGCUGCAGAUAGCCUGCUUGAGAAGCUGGCCCCAUCUAGACUAGCCGCCCAUAACUCUACUCUUGCAACAGACGUCAAUCGCCGAUCCUGCACCAAACAGACACGCACUCAGAUCUUGCUCGAGCUCGACCAAUGGUCAGCCGACCGUAAGACACCGAACAUAUACUGGAUGAGCGGCAUGGCCGGUACCGGCAAGACUACCAUCGCAUAUACCUUUGCCGAGUCACUCAAGGCACGUGGACUACUUGGGGCGAGCUUCUUCUGCACACGAGCGUCGAGUGAAUGUCAGGACGUGGGACGAAUCGUACCGACGAUCGCAUAUCAGCUUGCGCGCUACUCGAUGAGCUUCCAGUCGGCAGUCGUAAAGGCACUGGAGAAUGAUCCUGACAUCGGGACCCGGGCUAUAGUGGAGCAAUGCGAACGGCUGAUCAAAGAGCCCCUAAGUCGAGUGAAGGAUGAUAUACCGGAUGGACUUGUGGUGGUGAUUGACGCACUAGACGAAUGCAGCAGCGCAAACGGAGUGAGGAAAAUCCUGGACGUACUCUUCAGAACUGCUCCCGACUUUCCCCUGAAGUUCUUCGUGACGAGCCGACCGGAGCCAGACAUCCGCCACCGGAUAGAGGCCCAGCCCGACCGCGCCCGCUCGAUCUGCACACUACAUGAUAUCGAGGCGUCGCUUGUGCAAGCGGACAUCGAGCUAUACCUUCGGGACGAACUUGCGGACACCACUGUCUCCGAAACCGAUAUGAUGCGUCUUGCAAACCUGUCUGGCAAGCUGUUCAUAUAUGCGGCCACGUCGAUUCGGUAUAUUCGGAGAAAAGGAACGACAGUGGACCAUGACCGACUUGAAUCUAUUCUGAGAUCAUCUUCCAAAUCGGUCUCACGACACGUCGGCAUCGACCAGCUGUAUACUACGAUUCUGGAUGCUGCGACUGCGGAGUUUGAGGAAGAGCCAGAGGAGCAAGACCAGAUGUGUCGAAUGCUAUGGACUGCAGUAUGCACUCGAGAACCGGUCAACGUCGAUACACUGGCAGCACUGACCGGGAUCAAACCAUCAAAGGCCAACAUACUGCUGCAGUCCCUGUACUCGGUACUACACGUGUCGCAAACAACUAACAUGAUCACGACAUUGCAUGCAUCGUUCCCGGACUUCAUGUUCGAUGAAGCACGGUCGAAAAGGUUCUACUGCGACGAAGCGAAGCAUAGUCAGCUGCUUGCCCAAGAGUGCUUCAAGGUGAUGGAAGCGCAGCUGCGAUUCAACAUAUGUAAUCUGGAAAGCUCGUUUGUAGCCGAUAGCCAAGUGGAAGAUUUAGAAAAUCGAAUAGCAAGGUCAAUCUCGCCAACGCUGUCGUAUGUUGCGCACUACUGGGGAGGGCAUGUGGUCAAGAGCAAGCCUUGCAAGGCAGUUCAGAAAGGGCUGGAAGGCUUCCUAUCGCAUCGGCUGCUGUUCUGGAUGGAGGUACUGAGCCUGAAGCGUACGCUUGACAAGGGAAUUAGCAUGCUGUCGGCGCUUAAGGCAUGGCUGACGGGCAAAAGUGCAUUGCCAGAUGUAAUCAGCUCACUGAAUGACUCGUGGAUCUUUGUAUCGAAGUAUGCGGCCGGAUCGGUUUCGCAGUCAACACCGCAUAUAUACAUCUCGGCACUGCCAUUUUGCCAUCACUCAAACUCAGUACGCAAGCAAUACUGGGGUCGUACUCGAGGGCUGCUUCAUCUGCAAGGCUCUGUGAUAGAUAAAAGUCAAACGGCGCUACUUGCAACAUGGUCGCAAUGGAUGUCGCCUAACUCGCUAGCAUUCUCCCCUGGCGGAUCUCGACUUGCAGUUGGAUUUGAUGAUGGCACAGUUCAUGUACUGUAUGACCAUAACGGAGACGUUGCUCUGGGACCCCUCGAGGGGCACACCGGACAGGUCAGUUGUGUGGCAUUUUCUCCCGACGGAUCGCUGCUUGUCUCUGGUUCUGAGGACGGUACAAUCUUUGUCCGGGAUGCGCAAACGGGCAAUCUCAUAUAUGACCCUAUCAGGGGGCAUGAAAGUGUGGUGACGUCAGUGUGUUUUUCGCCCAAUGGCAAGUAUCUCCUCUCAGGGUCGGAUGACCAGACAACACGGAUGUGGGACAGUGGCAACGGCAGUCUCAUACCCAACUCCAUCAAACGCCACCCUCACAAAGUCCUCUGCACGGCAUUCUCUCCUGAUGGCAAGCAUAUCGCAUGUGGCUUGGAUAGCAAUAAGUGUCCGAUUGUUGUUUACGACGCAUCUACUGGCGAGUCUCUCCCUUUUAUAUUCGAUGCUCAUCAGUCCUCGGCCUGUUCAAUCACCUUUUCGCCAAACAGCAACCACCUGCUCACUGGCCAUGUAUCCCGUGAUCUGUGCGUCUUGAAUCUACAUGACGGCACCGCCGCACACUCCCUACCUAAAAUACACGAUACGACAAUCACAUCCAUUAGGUUUUCGCCACUCGGAGACAAACUCGUCACUACCUCUGGCGAUGGGUGCGUAUAUAUAUGGGAUGUAGAGAACGGCUACUCCAACCCUUGCCUACUUGGCACACACGACGAUCGGGUCCACUCCGCUGCGUUCUCACCCGACGGCACACGAGUCGCAUCAUGCUCAGACGAUCGCACCGUCAAGAUGUGGAAUGCACUUCAUUCGACAUCCUCUCACACGCGGAAAUGGAAGACGCCAACCGAUGUUGUCUAUUCGGUUGCAAUCUCGCCUGAUGGGUCACGCAUCGCAGCAGGGGGUCUCGACAAAGCGAUCUAUAUGUUCAACGCACACGACGGCACUCCCGCUCUCGAGCCACUUGUUGCACACGUCGAGCGGAUCCUCUCGGUGGCGUUCUCGCCCGACGGCAGGUACCUUGUUUCUGGCGGUGCUGACAAUGCCAUCUGUCUGUGGGAUAGCACAACCGGCAAGCUGCUAUUCGCCCCGCUUCGGGGGCGUAGGGGAUGGAUUCAGUCGGUCUCGUUCUCCCCCGAUAGCAGGCGCAUGGUUUCUGCCUCUCAUGACGGGACGGUAGAAAUGUGGAACGUGGAUGAUGGGACUCUGGUGCCUAGCGACCUGAUCGGAAGACUCGAGUACGAGGUCUACUCAGUGGCAUUCUCGCCCGACGGCGAACGCAUUGCUUUCGGCUGUAGGGGUGGGAAGAUCCGUAUAUGGGAAUCGCAGAAGCUUACACUGGUGUUCAAUCUGCCUGUGUCGCAGUACCAAUACAAGGGUAUCAAUUCGCUAAAAUUUUCGUCUGAUGGCAGAUUCAUUGUUUCCCAUUCAUUUCCCGGUGGUAUCCGCGUGUUCGACUCGCACAGUUGCGACUUUGUUCUAGGUCCUCUCGAUGAAUUCUCUGAUCGUAGACGCUCAGCUGUGUUCUCGCCUGACGGCAAUUACAUCGUAUCAGGCUCGUCUGGGGGAAGCAUUCGAAUAUGGAGGGUGGAAGGUUGGGCCCCUGCAUAUGAGCCACUCGAGGGUCACCAAGACUUGGUCUGCUCCCUAGCAUAUUCGCCUGACGGUGCAUACAUCGUCUCAGCCUCACAAGACUCGACGAUCCGAGUAUGGAAGGCACCAGGAAGACGUGCCAUCUCCAGCUCAUCCCAAUAUGACUCUUCGACUUCAGAUCAGAGAGAGCCACAUGCUGCGAUUGCUGGUGGAAUGACGAUCGGUGACGAUGGGUGGGCACGAAACCGCGACUCACAGCUACUGUUCUGGGUUCCGUUCGGUCUGCAAGAACACCUCCCGCACCCCGAGAACUUGUAUAUCAUUGAACCUGAAGGUAUAAUGCGAGUGGACUAUAGCCAGCCCCUGUUGCUUGCUGCCAAGUUUACAUACGUGGCGGAGGGAAACGCCGGGUGCCUUGCAAUUGGGUCACGGUCGGCGCUUCCUGUGUUGCGAGCCCUCAAAAAGAGCGAGGCCGCGAAUGACGAUCGUAACGUUCACGCCCACAUUGUUCUCAUAGGAAGCUUGGAUCAGGUACUAAAAUCAGCGUUUCAACCCGCACUCACGCGACUCAUCCUUCUUGCGGCUCUGGCCGAGGUGGCUCUUGGAGUUCACCAUCAAGACUUUAAAUCGUGUUCACAGUCUGGGUUCUGUCGUCGCGGACGUGCUAUUGCGAAACGUGCCGACGACGUUGGUGGGAAAUGGACAUCUCCCUAUGCUAUCGAUACCACCAAUCUGAGGAUAUCUCCUGACCGAAGCAAAAUCACUAUGCCUGUCAAAUCUUCCAUCCAUCCUGACAUCAAAUUCCAGCUCAGCGUUAUCGUCCACGAGGAUGGCACGGCGCGUGUCCGAAUGGACGAGGUUGACGGACUGAGGAAGCGCUACGACGGUGCUGCCGACUGGGCACUGGCCAGCACUCCCGAGGCACGUGGUGUUGACUGGAAACCUGUCGAUGGCGGUAUCGAGGGACGGUGGGACGGAUUGUUACUAUGUGUCACAUAUGAGCCCUUGCUCAUCGAGCUUAUUCGCGAUGGGCGCGUCGAAGUGUCGGUUAAUGGGCGUGGCCUUUUGCAUAUGGAGCACUUCAGGAACAAGCACCAGGCCGAGCAUAAUACCAACAAAGCUUACACUCAGCAUGCUCAGGGUGAGCAGAAGGUUAUAGAGGAACCCAAGCCCAAGGUCAACGCCUGGUUCGAGGGCGAGACAGAAGAUGGCUACUGGGAGGAACGAUUCAAGUCAUGGACGGAUUCCAAGCCCAAAGGUCCCGAGUCCUUCUCUCUCGAUAUUACAUUCCCCACCCACGCCCAGGUCUACGGUAUACCUCAGCACGCUGCUCCACUGUCUCUUCCUACCACCACUGGCGAGGGAUCUUUCUUCAACGACCCAUACCGCUUAUAUAACUUGGAUGUAUUCGAACACGAGGCUUCCUCCACUAUGCCGCUCUACGGCGCCAUUCCCCUCCUUCAUGCGCACAGCGAACACAGCACCGUAGGCGUUUUCCUUGCCGUUGCUUCCGAAACAUGGAUCGAUAUUUCACGCACACCCGACGCAGCUGGUACCCGCACACACUGGAUUGCCGAGUCUGGCAUCAUCGAUCUUUUUAUUCUUCCUGGCCCUAGCACCCAAGACAUCUUCUCGCAAUACGCCCGCUUGACCGGUAACCCUGUGCUCCCCGCUCUCUGGUCGCUGGGCUAUCACCAAUGCCGAUGGACUUAUGUUUCUUCGGAUGAUGUACGCAGUGUACAGAAGAGGUUCGACGAGGAAGAUAUGCCUCUCGACGUACUCUGGCUGGAUAUCGAGUACGCAAAGGAUCGUAUGUACUUUAUGUGGGGCGAACACGCGUUCCCGGACCCGAUUCAAAUGACCAAGGACGUUAUGGCUAUUGGACGCAAGGCAAGUAUUCUUCCUUUGGCCACUUUGUACACUGCUGCCAGAGAACUCGAUGUGCUCGUCAAACGUCCAGGCGGAAAAGACGAAUUCGAGGGACGGUGUUGGUCCGGAUCAAGUGCUUGGGUUGACUUUCUGCAUCCUGCUAGCUGGGACUGGUGGAAGAACCUGUACAAAUUCGACAAGCCGGCCGUGGAAGGCGAGGAGAAGGCUGUCGACUGGGUUUGGAGGGCUAGUUCUGAGGGUAUGCAUAUUUGGAAUGACAUGAACGAGCCAUCUGUUUUCGACGGUCCAGAGAUUACGAUGCAAAAGGAUAAUGUGCAUUACGGCGGAUGGGAACACCGUGAUGUUCAUAAUAUCAAUGGAAUGCUCUACCAUAACAUUACUGCUCAAGCCGUCAAGGAAAGACAAUCUCCGGCCAAGCGUCCUUUUGUACUCACUCGCUCGUUCUUUGCUGGGUCACAACGUCAUGGAGCAAUGUGGACCGGUGAUAACAUGGGUACUUGGGAGCACAUGGCCGUUGGUAUCAGGAUGGUGCUUACGAGCAAUAUUGCUGGAAUGAGCUUUGCGGGAGCUGAUGUCGGAGGAUACUUUGGUAACCCUCCUCCCGAGAUGCUGGUGCGAUGGUACCAAGUUGGCGCAUUUACACCAUUCUUCCGUGCCCAUGCCCACCUGGACACGAAGCGUCGAGAACCUUACCUCUUGGCGGACCCGUACAAGAGCAUAGUUCGCGAUGUCUUGCGCUUACGUUAUACGCUUUUACCUGUCUGGUACACGGCAUUCAGAGAGACCAGUGUUACCGGUAUGCCGGUCUUGAGACCCCAUUACGUCGUCUUCCCCAAGGAUAAACAGGGGUUCGCUAUUGACGACCAGUAUUAUAUCGGAAACUCGGGACUUUUGGUCAAGCCUAUCACUGCACCUGGGGUUGACAAAACAAGUGUGUACUUUGCGGGAGCUCAGCCUCAUUACGACUACCAAACCUACGAGGUCUACCAGGGCUCUGAGCGUGGUAGGAACGUGAUCGUACCUGCUCCUCUUGGAAAGAUCCCACUCUUCGUCCAAGCCGGACAUGUCAUACCCACACGCCAACGUCCACGCCGUUCGUCCCCGCUGAUGAAGAACGACCCGUUCACACUCCUUAUGGCGCUCGAUAACCAAGGGUCAGCGGGAGGCGACCUAUACCUGGACGACGGAGAAAGCUACGACCACGAGACCGGGUCCCUGAUUUGGCGCCAGUUCUUUGCUCAGAUGGCCGACGGCGGGCUGGUGAUUGCCGGAGACGACCUCGUGAACGAGAACCUCGACCGAACGGUCGAUCAAACGGCGCUGGAGCAAUACAACCCGGAGAACGCGUUUGCAAAGAGCAUCGCUCAAGUUCGCGUCGAGCGGAUUAUCAUUCUCGGUAGCAAGAAGCCCAAGGCGGUGCUUAAAGAUCGUCUCCCGCUCGAAUUCACCUACGAGGCCGGUGUCACCUUUGACCAAAACAAGGACGGUCGUGCGAGUGUGUUGACUAUCAAGAACCCCGGGGCGUUUAUUGUUAAGACUUGGGGUGUGUAUGUUCAAUACUAA